AUGGGGCUGCGUUCGCCAUGGACGACUCUGCUCAUCGCAUUGGGCAUCUUCAUGUGCCUUGUGAUACCUGGAGGCAAGUCAAUAUUUUAUCGAGAUGGCCACGUGUCUACUAACAUAACAGCAGUAUCCGUCAAGGAACACGAUUUCAAGAAAUGCGAUCAGUCAGGCUUCUGCAAACGUAACCGAGCAUAUGCCGACAAAGCCACCGCCGAAAGCUCACGAUGGCAAUCGCCGUACCAAAUUCAACCUGCAUCCGUAUCCUUCAAAGACGGCCAAUUCCAUGCUGUCGUUCAAAAGACAGUCAACGCCAAGGGCGACACCGUUAAUCUGCCGAUUACCGUUUCGUUCCUCAAGUCUGGCAACGCCCGCGUCACGGUCGACGAAGAACGACGACAGAAGCAAGACAUUGAGCUGCGUCACGACAGCAAAAUUCGAAAGGAAAGAUACAACGAAGCCGAGAAAUGGGUUCUUGUUGGUGGCCUGGCCCUCGACAAAGAUGCCAAGGUAUCUCACCAAGACGACACCCAAACCAACAUCCAGUACGGCAAGGACGGUAAUCUGGAAGCCGCCAUCAGGUACUCGCCUCUUGAGAUUGAUUUCCGACGCGACGGCACAUCUCAUAUCCGUUUCAAUGAUCGUGGACUUCUCAACAUGGAGCACUGGCGUCCUAAGAUUGACAAGGAAGAGGGCCAGGAAGACACGCAGGGUGAGGACGAAUCGACCUGGUGGGAGGAGACCUUUGGAGGCAACACCGACUCCAAGCCCCGUGGUCCUGAGAGCAUUGCCCUUGACAUUUCAUUCCUCGGAUACGAUCAUGUCUUUGGUAUUCCCGAGCACACUGGCUCUCUUUCACUGAAGCAGACUCGUGGCGGAAACGGCAACCAUGACGAACCUUAUCGACUGUACAACUCUGAUGUGUUCGAGUACAUCUUGGACAGCCCCAUGACACUUUACGGAUCCAUUCCCUUCAUGCAAGCCCACAAGAAGGACUCCACUGUCGGUGUCUUUUGGUUGAAUGCUGCUGAGACUUGGGUUGACAUUGUCAAGUCCAAAGCUGCUACGAACCCUCUGACGCUCGGCAAGAGUGGCAAGACCAACACCGAGACGCACUGGAUUUCCGAGAGUGGCUUGCUUGACGUCUUUGUCUUUCUUGGCCCGACUCCCCAGGAUCUUACCCGAACCUACGGCGAGCUGACUGGCUAUUCUGCCAUGCCUCAGGAGUUUGCCAUUGGCUACCACCAGUGCCGAUGGAACUACAUCUCUGACGACGAUGUCAAGGACGUGGACCGCAAGAUGGACAAGUUCAAGAUCCCUUACGACGUCAUUUGGCUGGACAUUGAGUACCUUGAUGACAGAAAGUACUUUACCUGGGAUCCUCAUUCGUUCACUGACCCCACUGGAAUGGGCAAGCAGCUGGACGACCACUCUAGACAGCUUGUCAUUAUUAUCGAUCCGCAUAUUAAGAAGUUGGAGGGGUACCCCGUCUAUGAUCAACUCAGCUCUCAGGAUUUGGCUGUUAACAACAAAGAGGGCAAGGCCUACGAGGGAUGGUGCUGGCCUGGAUCAUCCAAUUGGAUCGACUGCUUCAACCCCAAGGCUAUUGAAUGGUGGAAGUCGCUGUACAAGUACGACAACUUCCCUGGCACCGCGGAGAAUACCUUUAUCUGGAACGACAUGAACGAGCCGUCCGUGUUCAACGGCCCCGAGACCACCAUGCCCAAGGACAAUAUCCACUUCGACCAGUGGGAGCACCGUGAUGUCCACAACCUCAACGGUCUUACAUUUCACAAUGCAACAUUUGAGGCUCUCAAGACGCGCAAGAAGGGUGAACUGCGCCGUCCCUUUGUACUCACUCGCUCAUUCUACUCUGGCUCCCAGCGUCUCGGAGCUAUGUGGACUGGUGACAACCAGGCUAACUGGGAGCACCUUGCCGCCUCAAUUCCGAUGGUUCUUAACCAAGGGAUUUCUGGGUUCCCCUUUGCUGGUGCUGAUGUGGGUGGCUUCUUUGGAAAUCCUUCGAAGGAUCUGAUGGCCCGCUGGUACCAGGCUGGUGCCUUUUAUCCAUUUUACCGUGGACAUGCUCACAUUGACUCUCGUCGUCGUGAGCCAUACCUACUUGGAGAGCCCUACACCGGCAUCUUGACCCAGGCCCUGAGACUGCGAUAUGCUCUGCUUCCCUCUUGGUACACGGCCUUUUUCCAGGCAAACCGUGACGGCAGCCCUAUUGUUCGCCCAAUGUACUGGACUCAUCCUUCGGAAGAGGGCGGCUUUGCUAUUGACGAUCAGCUGUUUGUCGGCUCGACGGGCAUCCUUGUGAAGCCUAUCGUGGAAGAAAACAAGUUCUCGACUGAUAUUUGGAUUCCGGACAACGAGGUCUAUUAUGACUACACGACGUAUGAUGUGGUUAACACACAAAAGGGCAAGCGCGUCACGAUCGCCGCUGCCAUUGACCAGAUUCCGAUGCUGAUGCGUGGUGGUCAUGUGUUUGCACGCCGCGAUGUUCCCCGGCGAUCCGCCCUGGCGAUGAAGUAUGACGACUACACGUUGGUCGUUUCUGUCUCCAAGGAUGGCACUGCCGAAGGCGAACUGUAUGCCGACGACGGCGACACAUUUGAACACGAAAAGGGCCAGUAUAUCCACCGCAAGUUUAGCCUUGAAAAGGACGGUGUAAGCUCGGUUGAUGCUGAGGGCCGAAGCGCAAAGUCUGCCAAGGCGGGCGCGUGGCUGAAGGCGCAGAGCCGGGUGCACGUCGACAAGAUUAUCAUUGUGGGCGCCACGGACGCGUGGAACACGAAGGAGGUGGGGAUUGAAUCCGAGGGCAAGACUUGGACGGUACAGGUCAGCUACCGUCCGGCGACCAAGAGCCAGGCGGCGUAUGCUGUCGUGGGCCGCGUCGGGGCCAAGAUUGGCAGCGACUGGCGCAUCAAGCUGGCAUAG